UAUUGUUGUUCAUGUAAUUUCCCACUUUGACUCAAUCUUCUUUCUCCAACAAAAGAUUAGGUUCAUAUUUGAUUGUAAGAAUGGAAAUGCAUCUCUGUAAACUCUCCCAAAUUUCUCUCAAACAGAAAAUUUCUUUAUCUCUUUCUUCUCCAAUCUUCCCCAUUUAUAGGAUCUCACCUCCAUUUCCUACCACACCCCAUUAAUUUCUCCCUCAAUUCCUUCACAAACCCUCCAUUCUUCAGCCUCCAUCGCCGCCUUCUUCGCCUUCUCCCCCUCCCUUAUCCCUCCCCCCAUCCGGACCCCGAUUUGCUGUUUCCCAGCAACUCUACUCCGCCGCCGUGAUCGCCUCCUCCAAUGGCUGCUCCUGCCUUGCUCGCUUUCUCUUAGCCUCCACACAUAUUUGUGGGAGGAGGAACUCGCGCUUCCAUUUCAUUCAUUUUGAUUUUGUUCUUGUUUUGUUCUCUGGUUGAUUCCUUCUCCCACAGGAAAUCGUUUGAAGAUUUGAUUUGAUUCGAAUCGGUUUUGAUUGUUUUUUUAGGGUUUUUUUUUUAUAUAUAUUUUUUAUGGAGGAAGUAUAGAGAAAGGAGUAAGGGAUUAGAGAUUUUGAAAUUAAAAUCUCUCAACUAAUUAUGUCGAAUACGAUUAUGUUUCGUCCGCCAUCGUCGAACCGUCGACAACCAUUGUUAACGAGCAAAUCUGCUUCCGGAAGUGUUCGGUUCGCGGAGGUAGCUGGCGGAACGACGGCGGAGUGUGCUGCUGUGUGUUGUUGUUGUCCUUGUGUUGUUAUAAACUUUCUUGUUCUCGCCAUUUACAAGGUUCCGGCUGGACUUUGCCGUCGUGCGUUGAGGACGAAGCGACGGCAGAGGUUGAAGAAAAAGGGAGUUACUCCGGCGAGGCGUGGACGGUUCUCUUUUGGGGGGUAUGAUGAGACGGAUAUUCAGAUACUUUCGGCGGGAAAAUUAGUGUACUCGUCGGAGCCAAGAGGGCAGCAAGCGGUGGAAACAGAGAGGAAAGUGAUGGAACUGGAAAAAGAGAUGUGGGAGAUUUUUUAUAGUACUGGGUUUUGGAGAAGCCCUUCACGGAGAGAUCAAACUUCGAUCUCUCAAUGAAAAAAUUCUUCUUCUUCUUCAUUUCUCUCAAUCUGAACCUUCACUGCAAAUUUUCCCGGAAAAACAGAAGGAAAAGGAAAGGAAAACUUUGUUGGAUCUGUGGUUUGAUGAUUUGGAAAUGGUGGUGGUGGUGGCGGACGGGGUUUUUCAUUUCUUGAUUGUUUUUGGAAUUUUAAUUUAUUUAUUGUGAGCAUUCAAGUUCUUCAUUUGUUUAUUUUGUUGUUGAAUUCAUGAUGUUUGGGUUCCGGGAAAAUAUUGUACUUUCUCUCAUUUUCACCUGGAAAUAAAAAAUACAAAACAAAUAAAAGUGAAAAAGAUAAGAUUUGGAUUUCUUUCA